GAAAUUAGAUUACCUCAUGACUCAAAUGAGGUACACGAGAGUAACAAAUCUUAAAACUUGAUGGGAUAACUGGUUUCAAAUUUCAGUUCGUUCUCUAAACUGUUCAGAUUUUGUAACUAGUGUUGUACUAGCAGAGUUCAACUCAUUCGUAAGUGAGAAAAUGCGAUCGAUUUGAUUGUUUACAUGCGGUGUACCUAGCAACGGUGUAAUACUACGCAGAAGGUGUCGACAGUAACUGAACUAACACGCGUAUCAAACAAAUUAAGUGCACAAUGGCAGACGAAAAAGGAAAAGACGAUAUAGAGGACUGGAAAAUUUACGAAGCCCUAUGCAGUAAAAGUCCCACUGAGAUGGAAGCGGAAGUUGGCAAUGACGUGGUCACCACGCUGAGAAGUGAUUUAGCUGGUCUCCAGUACAAACGCGAUAAGUUAAUAUCUGAAAACAGCGAUUUGAAAAACCAAAUGCUGUCCCGGGAUCAGAGGAUAUUAGAGCAGCAGGUGGAGAUAGACCACCUCCGCGAGCAGAAUGCCCGUCAGAAUGCCAUCAUAUCGUCCCUUAGGAAAAAGAUUCAAGACCUAGAAGACAUACAAAGAAAUUUACAAUCGUCGCAAGGGAGAACCGAGCUGACAGUACAAACGCUGCAGAGAGACAAUCGGUACUGUGAGGAGAAGAUAAAGGAUUAUGAGAAGAAGCUUCGUGCACUUGAAUUGGAAUGUCACAAUGAGGAGCAACAAAAAGAGAACGCUCGCUGUCAGUUCCACGACCUGGUGCGCCGGCUGUCCGCCGCGCUGGACGCUGAGUUCUGCGACUCCACGCACACACACUCCCCUGAAAGCCUCAUCAUCAAAGCGGCUGAACUCGUGCAAGAAAUUACCAGACUAAAAAAUAAAUGCAUGAACACGACAGAAAACUUAUCGACAAUAGAACAAGAACUCAGAAGCUGUAGAGACGCUCUCGAGAGAGCUAACACUGAUAAGGAUAUUUUACAAAGGCAACUAUCUACACAACUGCUCGACAUUGAAAGACUAAAGCAAGAAAAAGAAUCUUUGUGCGUACAAAACAGAGUACUCGAGCGCGAAAUACAUGAAUCCAGAGAAAAGUUAUCCCACUGUGCUAAAAAUUUGAAUGUAGUAACAGAUAACGUAACUCAAAACGAAUCCAUGAUUGUGCAACUAAAAGAGGACCUGCGGCACCGAGACGAAAAAUACCAGCGAUUGCAAACUGAAUUCCGCAACACCAUGGAGUCUAUUGCCAUCCUGCUCAGUCUCCCGACACGGUUCGUCGAAGCACAUGAGAGCACCAUAAAGGAUAGAAUACGAGAAAUUUUAAGCGAAAAUAAGGACAAAACUGUGCAAAUCGAAGCGCUACGCGACAAGCUAUCGCUGGAGAGUCAACAACUGUCUCGCACGGCCCACCUGCACGAUCAGAGCGCCACGCGCGCCAGGGUGCUGGAGGAUGAGCGAGCCAUGCUCGAGAACAAGCUGCACAAACUGGAGGCUGAACUCAACGCCGCGGAGCUGAGCCGCGAUUCUCUACGGAAGGACAAAGCCAAUUUUGUGGCAUUCCUGGAGCGUCUGAGCAGGACACUGAAUAUGGACGAGCUAACCCAGGACAUAGGGCUCGAGCUGCACACAGAGUCCAUCAUGCACCGAGCCGAGCAGCUGGCGCGACUAGAGAGCGAUAAAAUCGUCGAUAAGCUGCUAUAUUACGGAUACUAUGGCACCCUGCCGCGCCUGCGGAGAGAAAGAUCUUUCCAUGAUUUGCCUUAUCUUAAAGAAACGGCAGUGGUAUAUCAGCUUCAACGCCGCAUAAGGAUACUGAGAGAACAGCUCCAGAGGAAGGACUUACACUUAGAUCUGUUGCGACGAAAGCUAAGCGUACAGGAGGAAAGUUCCCGGGUGCGAGCAGUUUUGCAGGCGGAGAGGGACGAGGCGGUCACUCGCAGCAAGAAGCUUGCGCGCCAGUGCGACAAGCUGGCCGCGCAGCUCAGCGACGCGCGCGCGCAGGUGCGCGACCUCAACGCGCAGCUCGCAGACGCCGCCGAGUAUAAGAUAACAUCACUGGAAAGGGCGCGGAAAAUCGAAGAACUACAGAAGAAGCUGGAUGAGGCAGAAAUGUUGCGAGCGCGGUACAAUCGUAAAGUCUGCGUGUUGAAGGAGCAGGUACGCUCCACUGGGGAGACGUUCGAGCAGGAGAGGACUACCACGGAGCACCAGAUCAACAUCCUGCGUGACGACCUGGCGAGAACUAAGGAGGCCCUAGCCGAGUGUCAGAGGAGGGAAGCGCAGCUGCAAAGCUUCAGGAACUCGAUCGCGAAGCUGCUAGGCAUCCUGGUGCCGGCGUCUGUGUCCGACUUCGAGAUGGUGUCACGACUGCAGAAGCUAAUCGACGCGCAUCAUGACUUCACCACUGUCUCCCGUCGCUACGACGACCCUGCCUUACUGCGCGCGUCGUCCCGCUCGCCACCACCGUCGCGCUGCCGUACCAGGACUCCUGACAGGUCGCUGCGGUACGACGACUCGGGAUACGCGGACCCUGCCUUCGAGCUGGAUGACGACCUGUACAAGCACCGGGCCAUGUGACAGUCGCGACGGCGCGCGCGCUUCUAGAUUCGCCAGCCAUUAAUGGCUAACAUGCGUAAUGUGAUAAAAUUUUGUCACGGUAAUUUUAUCAAUUCUGACGAUAUAAUUAUGUUAUUUUGUCGAUUGGUGCUAAUAUGUGAACCCAAAUAAGUCAUGUUGUUCUGUCAAAAUACGAACGAAAUCACGUGACACGCAUGUUAGGGAAAAAAAAAACUUAUUGAUAUCGACAAAAUGUAUUUAAUCGAUCGAUAAUUUUAUCACGUUGCGCAUCUUAGCCCUGCAGGACGCCGGCUAUUUCUGUAUUUCCCGUGUAUCCAUAGCAUAACGAAUACUUUGUUGUGUUUCUGUAAUGUUUGGCUUAGAAAU